AUGGCACGCUUCAACAUUGUCACUGGCUUGGCUACCUCCCUCAUUGUGGCUUCGGCAGCUGCUGAUUCCUGGCCCAAGAGAGGUUUGGCUGCCAACGAUGAUAUUCCCAUCUGGCAGUUCGGCGGUUCCUGGAAUGGCUACAGUUCGGAGGUGAACUGGCAGUACAAUUGGGACAGUACCACUAGUCAGAAGCAAUCCUUUGCUGAAUACGUCCCCAUGCUUUGGGGUACGUCAAGCGACCAUACCACCCAAUGGUUUGACAAUGCCUGGUACUGGCUUGAUAACGGCGGUUCAGGUCAUCUGCUGGCUUUCAAUGAGCCUGAGCAGUCGAGUCAGUCCAACCUCACUCCCCAGCAGGCCGCCGACGCUUGGAGAACAUACAUGGAGCCGUUCGUUGGCCACGCACAGCUCGGUGCUCCUGCUGUUUCUAAUGACGGUUAUGAAUGGCUGUCUGAGUUUCUACAAGCAUGCAGCGAUUGCAACAUUGACUUUGUCCCUAUUCACUGGUAUAACGACCACACUCUGGAAUCCGACCUUGAGAACUGGGUCAACAGUAUUUGCUCCCUAUCAGGCCGCCAAGUUUGGCUCACUGAGUUCCAAGCCUACGGCACGGUCGACGACCAGAGCAACUUUUUGCGUUCAGCUAUCCCUUUCCUAGACGACAACGACUGUGUCUACCGAUACGCAUAUUUUGGGACGGCGGAUAACUCCGAGGUUUUAUUGGAGAAUGGUGGGCCUUCUCUUUCGCCUUUGGGCGUGCAGUAUACAUUCAGCGCUUAUGGUAGCGGUGAUGGCCCCAACUAA